CAAGUAACUGAAAUGUAAAAGUAGUAUUGGUAGAAUCAAGUAUAUAUGUAGAAGCAUUGACAGUAUCACAUUUUUGCACGAUGCUAUCAUAAUAAGUACAAAAAAAACUUAUAAUCAAUCGAUAAUUGAAUGUAGUCUAUUGCCUUCGAUAGAUUUCAAAGUCAGAUUCAAGUGUGGCGUAACAGUGAAUUACUAUAACAAAAUCUUCAAUCGUUUACUUACAAAGAUGAUGACAGUAAACAAGGACAUUACCCGUGAAUAAAUUAUAGCGGUCACACUUAUUUCUUACGUAUUAUUUUUAUUUAUUAGAUACACAAAUCUAUUUUAUUUACAUAGUAAACACAUUUCUUUAAGGUUAUGCGAUUCUUUUGUAUUGAUCGGUUAUAUUAUUCUACAAUCUAACAAACAAAUGUUGAAUUACUCGUUUCUGUUGAUUUUAUAAACAUUUUCUACUAGUUUCAAUCGAAAAUCGAAGAUGGUUUUUGAAUCGAUCGUUGCCGAACUCUUAAAUAAAGUGUUAGGGGAGUAUAUUCAAAAUUUGGAUUACACCCAAUUAAAACUCAGUUUAUGGGGAGGAGAUGUAGUAUUAACGGACUUAUUGAUAAAAGAAACUGCAUUAGAUGUUUUGGACUUGCCUGUUAGAUUGGAAUAUGGAAGAUUAGGAAAACUUAUAUUAAAAAUACCUUUCAAAGAUAUGUGGAAUGGGCAAAUUGAUGCAGUAGUCGAAGAAUUAUUUGUAUUAAUAGUACCCACGAGUCAGGUUGCAUAUGAUGCAGAGAAAGAAGCAAGAGUGCAGCUUGAAGCUAAACGUGCAGAACUUGCAAGAGUUGAGAAAUCAAAACAGCUGGCAGAUACAAAAUCACAAGAAAAAUUAGAUGAUUCAAUGAUUGAAAAGCUUAUUGCUCGUAUGAUAAAGAAUAUUCAUGUAGAAAUAAAAAAAAUCCAUGUAAGAUACGAAGACCAUGUUUCGUUUAAAGAUCAUCCAUUUUCCGUCGGUUUUACGCUAAAUAAAUUUAUCUUGGAAAGUUGUACAGAUACAUGGGAUGUAAAUGGUAAUUUGAAAGACAUGUAUGCUAUUCCACAAAUUUACAAGUUGUGUAUGCUAGAUGGUUUGGCUGUGUAUAUGAAUCCAACUGUAGAACAGUUUAGUAAAGAUUCUCAAUCAAAUUAUUCAACUCUUUUUUAUGGUGGUAUCGCAACUAUAGAUUAUAAUCCACCUGGCUAUCAAUAUUUAUUGGGUCCAAUAAAUGUCAAUGCAAAAUUGAAAUUAAACCCAAAACCAGAAACAGAUGGAAGUAAUUAUACUAUUCCCAAGGUGUGGUUGGAUUUGGAGAUGCAAAAAUUAAGAAUUGGUUUAGCAAAAAAACAGUAUCGAACCCUUGUCCAGUUAGGCGAAGGAUUAGAUCAAGCGCAAAAAGCUGCACCUUACAGAAAGUAUAGACCAAAUUUGACAUCAUAUAGAGGACACUAUAAAGAAUGGUGGCAUUUUGCAUACACUUGUGUUUUGGAAGAUACAGUACGUAGAAACCGUAGGAAUUGGGAUUGGAAUCAUAUGAAAGAACAUAGGGACACAUGUCGUAGUUACGCUCAUGCGUAUCAGACAAAACUAACAACUAAAAAGGUUUCGCAAGAAAUCGAAGAUCUUCUUACAAAUUGUGAAAAGAAAUUGGAUAUUUUCAAUUUAGUUAUUAUUAGGCAACAAAUUGAAAUGGAAGUUGAAAAAUUGGCAGAAAGAGAAAAAAGCUUAAAAGCAAAACGUGGUUGGUUCGGAUUUUUAUGGUCUAAUUCUCAAACAGAAGAAACACAGGAGUUAAACUCUGCCGCUGCGAUAAUGCGGAAAUUUGAACAAGCCAUGACACCGCAAGAAAAAGAAAAAUUGUAUAAAGCAAUCGAUUAUCAAGAAAACAGCGCACCAGCUCAUUAUCCUGAAACAUACGAAAUGAUCGAUACACGAUUUCUUUUAUUGGAACUUCAAGUUAUAUUUUUUGAUACAGAUAAGAAAUAUCCAUGUAUUUUGGACCUUCAACUUCAUAGCGUUAAAGCCUGUUUCAAAUCAAGGCCAGCAGCUAAUGCUAUUUUAGUUACAGCAUCUAUUAACGAGAUGAAACUUUUAGGAACAAAACAGGGUGACCAAGUUCCGUCGCUUUUUAAUUCACACCAACAUAACAUAGAUGAUGUUUUAUUAUCGAUAUCAUAUGAGAAAAAUCCUCUUGAUAAAUUAUGUGGUGAUCGCGUUAUAGUAAAAUCAACAUCUGUGGAUAUUAUUUAUGAUGCACAAACUGUAAUAGAAUUAGUUAAUUUGUUUAAAGUAGAAAACUCGUCUACUUUAAAUCAACUUCAAGCAGCUGCAGCAGAACAGUUAGAAGGUUUGAAAGAAAUGUCGGCUCUAGGUUUAGAACAUGCUAUACAAAAGCACUCUGUGUUAGACAUACAGGUUAAUAUGCAAGCAUCUCAAUUAAUCAUACCGCAUGACGGAUUUUAUAGCAGUACGAAAUCUUUAUUAGUAAUAAAUCUUGGAAGUUUGAAAAUGAAUUCCUUAGAGAAAGCAAAAGAGGAUAAAACAAACGUAACCGUUAAGCAGUUGAUUAGUAUGGGUAAAAGCGAAGAAGAUGUGUUAUUGCAUCUGAGAGCACAUAGUUAUGAUAAAUUUGUUUUAAAAAUAGUGGAUUUUCAAGUAUUAGUUUCACUACCUGGAGAAGAAUGGCGCACAAUUUUACCGACUGUAGACGAUAUGGUAUUACUGCAUCCAACAACGCUUGAAAUUCAGUUUCACAAGUGUUUAGUAACAGAUGAUCCUUUGCUACCAAAAAUUCGACUUAUUGGUCAAUUACCAUCAGUGUUUGUCAAUAUAACGGAUAUACGUUUAUUACAAGCUCUUUCUAUUGCUCAAAGUAUACCAUUUCCAAAAGAGGAACAACCUGUAGAACUUCAUAAAUCAUCGCUCAGUAAGUCUCUUUCGCAAUUGUCAUUGUUAAAAGAACUAGCAACAAUUUCUGAAAAGAAGAAAGAAGAAUCUAACGUAACUCCAGUGAGACAAACAACAGAUUUGGAGAUGAGAUUUGAAAUGAAAGAAUUUGCAUUACAAGUCUCAUCCCAGAAGGACAAUGCAAUAAGACCAUUCAUUAAACUUCAAGUAUUGCAGUUAGAGGCAGAAAUGUUACAACGAACGUAUGAUCAGGAAAUAUUAUUAAGAUUAGGUGGUGUUCAAGUGAAGCAACAUUACAAUCAAACUGAAAUAUUUAUGGUAGAUACGCCGAUGUCAUCGGGCAAAGACGAAUAUUUGAUAACGGUACAAUAUAUAAAUGUGAAUAAAAAAUCUCCUGAAUUUACAACGAGACACGGAUCUGUUAUCAAAUUACUAAAAUUGGAAUUUACAACGUUAGAUACUUUGCUACAUCAAGAAGCCCUCAUAAGUUUACUUCAAUUCGUAUCGGUUACGCAGGACAAAAUGAAUGCUAUAGUAGAGAGUAAAAUUGAAAAGGAACAUCAGGCACGUCCACGGCCUAGUCAUCUGACUUCUAUUCAAGAGGAAACAUCUGCAUUCUUUAAGGAACAUAUUCAAAAACAAAAACAAAAGUCGAAUAUACGUCGAAAAAGAACGGUGGUCGAACAUAUAGAUUUAAAAGUUCAAGCAAAGAUUGGAAGUAUUUGUAUGAAAAUAAUUAGCGAUUGUAGAGAAAUCACUGCAUUUUAUAUUACUGGUAUCACUGCCGGAUUUAUGAUGAAAGCUUCUUAUUCUCAAGCGAACAUUAAUUUAUCCUCCAUCAGUAUUACAGAUCUUAAUGCCGCGUCAGCUUAUAGAAAUAUUGUAUCGGUGACAGAUGACACCGAAUCUUUGCAAAUUCAAGUCAUAAUGUAUAACAUUGAACCGUCGGAUGUUGAUAAAAAUAAUAUGGCUAUUACAGUUGUUAUGGGUUGUUAUCGUAUUGUUUUUCUGAACGCGUUCGUUACCAGUAUAAUGAGUUUCUUAAAUAACUUUCAAGCAGCUCAACAAGCCAUAAAAGAUGCAUCGGCAGCUGCUGCAGAAGCUGCAAAGACAAAUAUCAAAGACGUGCAAGAAAGUGCCGCACGCAUCGGGCUUGCGGUGAAAAUUAAGGCUCCUGAUAUAUAUGUACCAAUGCAUUCAAAAAGCGAUCAUUGUCUAACAUUGGACAUGGGUAAUCUUACUAUAUGUAACGUUUUUAAGAAAUUAGAAGUUACGAACGAAGCCGGCGAUUGUCCUAUUGUUGACGAAAUGAAAAUCGAAUUGCAAAAUCUAAAGUUAUCGAGAGUAAAAUUGAAUCUGGAGAAAUUUUCGAUCGAACAUGAAAUAUUAUUGUUGGAACCAGUCAGUUUUACGCUACUUAUGAAACGUAACUUAUCAACAAGUUGGUUUACUUCUAUACCAGAUAUCGAUAUGUCCGGCAGACUAAAUAAAAUUAAUAUAUUGUUAAGCAAGGAAGAUUACACGACUGCGCUGAAAGUGUUGGAAGAAAAUUUAAACGAAACAGUCGAGGAUAAAACAGCAGCGCAUAAUAUUCAUCAGACUGAGAAGAAAUUUGAAGUAGAGGUUGUACAGCACCUUCAAAAUGAAAGAUUUAGGAAAGCUACCGUAGAAGAUUCAGAGGAUAUAGAUUUUCAAGAACAAGUGCAUGUACAUACAUCUAUCAAAUUCGAAUUUGUCAUGGAUAGUCUUGUAAUUAAUCUAUUCACAGGAGGUUCUAAAACGCUGCAGUCUAAAAAUUCUCCGAUUCAUCUACCAGAGAACGGAUUAGCCAAAUUUUGUCUGACUCAUUUUGCGUUGAAAGGUAGAAUAUUUGCCGACGGAUUGAUGGCAACUUCGAUUCUUCUUAUGAAUUGUACUUUGGACGAUAUACGUCAGAGUAGACAAGGUUCUCUUACACGAAUUAUGGAAAGAACAGUAUCGGUAUAUUCUGUCAACGACACAGAAAAAGAAUCGAAGUCUGUCCGUAGUAUGUUGGAUAUGACUAUUCGGCAAAGCUCGAACGACACGUUUGUUGACAUAAGAGUUUUUUCCUUCAGUAUUAUUGUAUCGCUUGAUUAUUUAAUGAAAGUAAAGGACUUUUUCGUGACCGAAUCACCACCGGCAUCGAGUAGUAAAACCAUAUCUCAAAAUGUAUCAAAGAGUUACAAUGAACCAGUGAGUAAAAAAAAGCAAACACCUGCAACGCCGAUUAAAAAGAUGUUAACGAUUAAUGUGCAUAUUGAAAAACCAGAUAUUAUUUUGUUGGAAGAUAUGGAUGAUAUAAAUUCAAAUUGUAUUAUAUUAAACACUGAACUGCUAUUGAAAGUGCGUUUAAUCGAUGAACAUCAAGUGAUAACGGGGUCUAUAAAAGAUUUAUCAAUUUUAGCAGGAAUAUACAAUCCAAUAAAGAGAAGCGACUGGAUAUAUCAGGUACUAAGACCAUGCAGUGUUAGUGUAGCAGGUUCUACACCAGAAGGAAAAGGACUUCACAUAGAGGUUUGUUGUACCGAUAUUCAUGUAUCAGUCUCGCCAGGUGUUAUUGAAAUAUUGAAUAAGGUUGUUCAUACCGCGACAAAAACGGAAGUGAAAAAUGACGAGAUCGUCGUUUCUGAACAAAAUCACGAAGGAUUAUGGAUCAUAACUCCAUUCGAAGAAAGUGAUUUUUGGUUUCUAAAAACAGAAGUAGGUGUAGAAGCUAUAGAAGAUUUUGUUUACUCCGAUGACGAGGAUGCCACAACUUACAAACCAGAAUUAGCAAUAAUUUCUGCACCAACUAUAUUAUUCACGUUGGAAGCAGGCGUUGGUAAUAAAACAUUACCUAUGCUUUUGCUUAAUAUCGGAUUCCAGAGUAACAUUAACGAUUGGAGUACAAAAUCUAUGUGUAUAGAAAGUACGAUGUCGUUAAUAAUGGCAUAUUAUAAUAGUUGUCUUGCAUUAUGGGAACCAUUGAUUGAACCAGUUGAAGGAAUUAAAAAAGGAAAACGAGUUUCGACGCCUUGGGAGCUAAAAACUAAAAUUCAAUUUAACGAUGUAUCAAUGGACUCUAGAGGUAUGAGUGUAAUCAGUCCUACUUCGGAGAGUGAACUAGAAGAAUUUCAUCAGACUUCAAAAAUGUCCAUUGAUGUGAUAUCGACUGAAAACCUGGAAAUAACCGUAACGAAAACCUGUCUUGAUGUGUUGAAACAAUUGGGUAAUGCAUUUUCAUCUGCUAUGGAAUCUAGUGGAAAAGGAAGCGUGAAAAAUGUGGCACCGUAUGUGCUCAAGAACGAAACUGGAUUGGCGAUGGUUUUAAAUUUGCAGCGCAGUCACUUUAAAGUUUUUGAUAAUGGGUCAAAACUUGCGAGUGACAAUUCAGAUUCAUAUAUGGAAGUCAUCCUAGAGUCGGGUGCGUCGGUGGAACUUGCUCCGAAAACAACAAAAACUAAUAUACCUUUGUUGGACCAGUUAAAGACUGAAACCGUUAAAGAAAGAGACGAUGAUAAAUUUAUUAUUUCGUUUAAAGAGAUUCAAUGUACAUUGACCAUUCCUGUUUUGAGAGCCGAUAAAAGAUUUUUCUCGUUGCGAUAUAGAAAAGAAGGUUCCGAGGAGUGGGGUAUUGUUUCUGAUGUUGUAGUCGAUGAAGGAAGUACUAUCGUUACUCUGAGAAGUAUUCUUCAGGUACAUAACCAUUUUAGCGAACCGAUAUCUGUAUAUUACAUGACUAAACGUGGAAAUGAAGUCGAAUGCGUUGGCACUGUCGCUCCAGACAGUAAAUUAAAUCUUCCAUUAGAUGCUGUUUAUACACCGACAAGCAUCUAUUGGCUGUUUUUCAGUGUUGACGGGUACAUGGUUUCGAUAGAACCAUUCGUUUGGAAAGAUCUGCAAAAAACAGUUUCUAUGUCGAAACUUUUAAAAUGCGAAAGUCGAACGAAACAAGAAAUCAUAGAACCAUUUUACAUAAAGAUGAUUUUCAUGAUGAUUGUGGUUGGUAGUAUUUUAUAUAAUAACAACACUAUUGGCUUAUUGUUGAAUGUUAUUAACUGGCGAUCCAUAUUCUGUCGUUUCGUUGAUUGCGUCAAGCGUUUAUGCUUGAAAACUUUACCCUCUGAACAUCCAAAAUAUCUGGAAGCACCUAUUCAGGUUGUCGGUGAAAUAGAACAGGUAUAUUUUGAAAAUACUAGUCGGCAUACAAUGGCAAGUACCAUUUAUAACGUUCACUUAUAUCCAUCCGUGUAUUUGAAAAAUUUUCUGCCUAUCGACAUUAUUAUAUGUUUGCCUGGUGCUGUACAAGAAAAGCUUUUAGAGGCAGGCACAUCUUAUCAGAUCCCUACAAUCGAUCCUGGAAAAUCUAGUAUAAUCAUAAAGCUACCAAAUUAUUUAGAAAAGGAUUGGUCAUGCAGAGGAGAAAUACUAGCUAAUCCGCCGGAAUUUUCUGUUUGGUCUUUUGAAUCUUUUGAUAGCGUUCAUAAAGUUGUCAUGGAUUUAGGAAUGCAUACAUCUUACCAACAUGGUUGUAUUGUUAUGGCAUUGUAUUGUCCAUUUUGGAUGUUGAAUAAGACAGGUUUAAUGUUGUCCUACAGGAAAUCAAGUAAGGGUGGCAAAGAACACUCAAGUCCGAUAAAGACUUUGGUUUGUGGCAUGAAACCUCAUCAACCACGUUCAGAAUACAGGAGGAAGAAAGCUCGUUCGAGUGGAGAAGAUCAUUUAAAUGUAUUGUAUCAUCCUGAAAACUUCAAGGGACCAAUACUGUUUUCAUUUCGCUCCAAAGUAUUUUUUGGUAAGAAGAAGGCAAUGGUUAGAGUGGAAGAUGGUGAAUGGUCUGAAAAGUUUUCGAUAGACGUUGCAGGAAGCGAGGGAGUAGUCGUUUGCAAAUACAAUGGUCUAAUAUAUCAGAUUGGAGUUCACAAUCAGUUGACAUAUAAUUCUUUAACAAAACAGAUCACAUUUACCCCGUACUAUGUACUCAUAAAUAAUUCUAGUCUGUAUAUUGAGUGUCAAGAAGGAGAUCGACCAGCUGAUCCCAUGAUUAAAAUUCCUCCUGGCGAAUGUACAGCUCUUUGGCCUCGUUCUGAACAUGAACAUAAAACCUUAAGAGCUAGAAUCGUGGGUGAUCCCGAGAAAACAGCUCCUUUUCUUUAUACAGAGAGCCACACAACUUUAUUAAAACUAAAUAAUAAGUAUGGAGGGAUUAACGUGGACAUACAAAUGAGCGAAGGCGGAAUUUAUAUCUCUUUAUCUGUUUAUACUUAUGGGAAUGCUCCUGCUUUAAUAAUCAAUCAUACUUCUCAUACAAUCAACUUUUGGGAAAAAGGUUCUUUGAAUGUUAGAUCUGUACAGUCAUAUAAUAAGAUGUUCUAUACUUGGGAAAAUCCGGCAGGACAGCGGAAAUUGGUUUGGGAAGAUAUAAGUAAAAAAGAGAUUGAGGAUACACUUCGAAAGGAUACUUUAGGAACUUUCAAGUUACCAGAUUUGGAAGAAGAAGUAUUUUAUGUGUCAUUUUUGGAUGGUACACAGCGAAUACUUCUCUUUACUACAAAUUUAAAAAUAGCAGAGGAUUGCCAAUUAGCAGGUGAUCUGGAAAUUAUAGAACAAGAUAUAACAAUAAGUAUUCAUGGACUUGGCCUGUCGCUUGUUAAUAAUGUAACCAGAUCAGAAUUAUUAUAUAUGUGUAUAGCUAGUUCUGGAGUGAUAUGGGAAUCACGAAAAUCUGUUAAGCACCUCUGGCGUGGUCUCAGUGCCAGAGAAGUAAAUCUUAUAGAAGAAGGUUAUCAAAAUUAUAUGCUCGAGUUACAAAUAGGUAAAGAUCCGGCACAGAAAGUAAUGCUUGAACCAAAAUUAGAGAUUGACUAUUUUAAUAUGGAAAUGUCUAAACCGCAUCGCCGAUGUUUACGACGCACUUUCCAAACUGGUUUAUGGUUGCAGUAUCGAACAUCAGCGCAUCAAGUGCAAUUACAUGCAAAGAUUAAUCGAUUACAAAUUGAUAAUCAAUUAUCGGAGUGUAUAUUUCCAGUUAUAUUAGCUCCAGUUCCACUUCCCAAAAGUGUUACACAAAGUACUGUUAUGAAACCAUUUGCUGAGCUCAGUAUGGUCAAACGAUUAUUAGAACACAGUAAUGUGCAACAGUUUAGGUACUUUAAAGUUCUCAUACAAGAAUUUCACGUAAAAGUGGAUAUUAUGUUUAUCAAUGCAAUAACGGGGUUGUUUGAGACAAAUGAUGUGAAUGACUUGGAAGAGACUAAAUUAUUUAAAUUGGACAUGAAAUUGGUCGAUGAGCCUUUGAUGUAUCACGUAAGUUUAAUUACAACCGCCGAACAGAAAAAUUUCUUCGAUUUACUUCACUUUUCACCCUUGAAGAUACAUAUAAGUUUUUCAAUGACCGGCAGUAGUAGUGGACCUUCUGCAGUUCCUCAAGUAUUAAACGUAUUAUUACAAGGAAUAGGUGUUACGUUAACUGAUAUUAAUGAUAUUGUUUUCAAAUUAGCGUAUUUUGAAAGAGAAUACAUUUUUAUGACGCAUAAACAGCUUAUUUCUGAAGCUACAACACAUUAUGUAGGACAAGCAAUUAAACAGGCGUAUGUUCUUGUUUUGGGACUAGAUGUAAUUGGCAAUCCGUAUGGACUUGUAGUGGGCACUAUGAAAGGUAUAGAAGAUUUAUUUUAUGAACCUUUCCAAGGUGCCAUACAGGGACCUGGGGAAUUUGCGGAGGGAUUACUUCUCGGUGUGCGAAGUAUGUUAGGUCACACUGUCGGAGGAAUGGCAGGAGCAGUUUCUAAGAUAACUGGAGCUAUGGGCAAAGGUAUAGCUGCUCUGACUUUCGAUAAAGAUUAUCAAAGAAAACGGCAAGAACAACUUAACAAACAGCCUGCCAACUUGCAAGAAGGUCUUGCUCGUAGCGGAAAAGGUUUAGUAAUGGGUGUAGUCGAUGGCGUAACUGGUGUUGUAAUGAAACCUAUAUCAGGUGCUAAAGAGGAAGGGGUAGAAGGAUUUUUCAAAGGAUUUGGAAAAGGCGUUGUUGGUCUUGUUACCAGACCAACUGCUGGUGUUAUAGAUUUUGCUAGUGGUUCAUUUGGCGCCGUGAAACGUGCUACCGAAUUAAAUGAAGAAGUAAAGAAAGUAAGACCGCCUAGAUUUUUACAACCGGAUAAUUUAGUUAGACCAUACAUACGAGAAGAAGCUGAGGGACAUAAAAUUUUAAAUGAAUUGGAAAAAGGAAAAUACGCCAACACUGAUAUUUAUUUUUACCAUACUUACGUUAAUAAGGAUGUGUUAUUACUUACCGACAAAAGAAUAACAUACAUCGAACAUAGUGACUUAUUUGGUGGAUGGCGGGUGGAUUGGGCUCAUACAUGGCAAGAAAUGAGUGAAUCGCCGAAGAUUGUCGAUAAAGGAGUUCAAAUAUUUAUCAAAGAUGGUUCUAAAAAGAAAAAAUUAGGAAGCUUAUUUGGUAGCGCAGAUCAGUCAAAAAUAAUUUUAAUAUACGAUUACAAUACGAGACAGCUUUUAUACAAUAAGAUUCAAGAGCAAAUUAAUCAAUCCGGAUUAUAAUGAUACCAAAAAUAAAAGUACUAAAUACAGAUAAUAUGCAUAUGAUAUGAUAUUUAAAACAGUUCAUUAAACUAAUAGUGCCUAGCAUUUUAAACUUACACUAAGCUUUGCAAGCUGUUUUUUCAUUACAAAUAUUUUCUAUGGACACUAUUCACAAGACUGAUGUUCAAUCAGAAUCAACCGAAAUUAGAAGAGAUUCGAUAUGUAGUUUCAUGUGUAUUAUGAUCUGAUUUGGACUUUAAAGUUACAUCUUUUAUGUUUUGUUAUUAUUUUUGUCAUGGAAUACGCUACUUUUAAUAUUUUUAAAUAUUGUAAGUUUGCGUUCAUCAUUAAUACGUUAUCAUGACAAUCCUAGUUUCAUAAAUACAGAAUAAGGUAGUAUAAUAUUUAUGCAUCCAAUCAAAUUUAUAACUUUUAACAGUUUGCUGUUAUUGUAUAGUGAGAUCAUAUUUUUAUACUAUUUGUUGAUAUAUUAAGGAUUAAUUUGAUAUAUACAUAUAGUUAAACAUGCAAAGAUGCAAACUUAAACGCACAUUUUAUAUUCAAGUAAACUUUUAUAUGUACUUGUAUAACUGUUGUUGUUAUACACAUACAUAUAGAAUGUUUCUACGUAUUUUUGUUAAGUAUUCUUUACUGAAUUAGACAUUAUACGUCACUUUUUUGUAUAGCUCUUUUACACAUUACUUACGUUACAUUUUAUAUAAAACUGUUAUAUCUCCAAACGUUUGAUAAUUUAAUUACGAAUUAAGAUCAAUACGACAUUACCAAAUCUUAGAAACAUUCUGUGUGUUUGUUAAUAAUGCACAUUUUUUGUUAAAAAAACAGUUAUACAAUUAACCGUAUAAUUGAAGCGGUAGAAAAUGAGAAACUCCAAAGAUAUUUGCUACAUCUUCCACCAUUUAUAAGACACGUUAUUAUAUAAUUCAAAUUAUCUUUAAAAUAAUAUGCUAUCGUUACGUUAUUGUUAAAGAGAGAUAUAUGCAUAUUAUUAUAUAUUUACUUGUAUAAAGGAUGUAUAUUAUAACGAAUGAAUUAAACAAAUUUUCGCUUUC